UCCAAUUUAACUGGGUUAGUAUUUAAGAUUAGAUAAAAGGUUCUCUAGGUGAUGUGCAAGAUCGUUAAACCAUUGACAGAGACUCAGUACAUAGUAAACACAAGUGUCUUAUUUAUUGCCACAAGUGCAAGUUGUUAUCCUGUUUAAGACAUAAGAUUACUUAAGAUUAAAGCCAGUCUUUGAAUUAAUCUGUGUUUCUUACCGUAAUCUGAUCUGUAUAUAUAGAUGACUAAAGAAAGAAACGCGUAUGUACACACACACACACACACACACACACAUAUAUAUAUGCAAAAUUACAAAUUAACUUUAAAUUUAGGUGUAAAAAGUUUACAGAAAUAAUGCACUAAUGAGGAAUUGAUGUAAUUUUGGCCCCUGUGACCUUACUGUGCAACCUGAUCUGUGAAUGCAUCACUGCUCCGUUCCUCUGUAUUAAGGAAGGGAGGAAGGAGGGAUGGCCCUGUCAUAGCAGGAGGAUGAGAAGCCGGAGGAAGAGAAGGAGGAGGGGGAGGAGGAAGAAGAGAGUGGACAGAGUUGUACAAGCCGAUUACUGAAGGCCGCUCAGCUCACUCUGUCUGUCUGCUGAUGUGGGCAGACACAAAGGUUCUCACUCAGCUCAGGAAAGAAACAAAAUGCAAGCUUUUAAAAUGACCAACAUCUCUGAGAAUCUGGACGACCACAGAGGCAACAGCGAGAACCCAAACCACAAACCAGAGAGCCACAGGUAUCACAGCUGGAACGGCCUUCUCUUCUCCAAAUGGAGAAGUAGCUCCCAGAGAACACCGCCUCCAAAUACACCAUCACCGAAGACAGACAAGAGGAGCGAUGUGACCAAAACACUGUUCUCUCUGGUGAAGAAUCACAAUGACAUCUACACCGCCGACCCUGAUGGCCUCCUGGACAACAACGGGGAGGCUAACGAAGGCAACAAUGAUCUUACAGACGACGGGUCCACCUUCUUCCGCAGGAAUUUCCGCGCUUUCCUGCAGCCCAGAGUCAACAAGUUCUCUCUGCGCAUGUUUGGCAGCCAUAAAGGUAUUGCUGCUGAACAGGCCAGGGUCAAGAGCUUUGGAGUGUGGAUAAUCCACCCCUACAGUGACUUCAGGUUCUACUGGGACAUAGUGAUGCUCCUGCUGAUGAUGAGUAAUCUGGUGAUGCUGCCCUGGGGCAUCACCUUCUUUGAGGACCAGAACACUGCUCCAUGGAUCACCUUCAACGUCCUGUCUGACACUCUUUUCCUCAUGGACCUGGUUUUCAACUUUCGCACUGGGAUCCUGGGAGAGGACAGCCACAUCAUCCUGGACCCCAAGGAGAUCCGCAACCAUUACCUGCGCACCUGGUUCGUGGUGGACUGUGUCUCCUCCAUCCCUGUGGACUAUAUCUUUCGGAUCAUUGACCUGCAGUCUCAGCAUGAGUCCUCCGACGUGUAUCGAACUGCCAGAGCUCUACGCAUCGUACGUUUCACCAAGAUCCUCAGUCUGCUACGUCUUCUACGACUGUCGCGCCUCAUCCGCUAUAUCCAUCAGUGGGAAGAGAUAUUCCACAUGACCUAUGACCUUGCCAGUGCAGUCGUGCGUAUUUUCAACCUGAUUGGCAUGAUGUUGCUGCUGUGUCACUGGGACGGCUGCUUGACCUUCAUGGUGCCCAUGCUGCAGGACUUUCCUCCAGACUGCUGGGUCGCCAAAAAUAACAUGGUGAACGCAACGUGGCACAUCCAGUACUCCUACGCCUUGUUCAUGGCCAUGAGCCACAUGCUGUGUAUAGGUUACGGUGCCAACCCUCCAGAGAGCAUGAGUGACGUGUGGCUCACCAUGAUCAGUAUGGUCGUAGGGGCCACCUGCUACGCCAUGUUCCUCGGCCAUGCAGCUAACCUGGUCCAGUCUUUGGACGCGUCACAUCGACAGUAUCAGGAGAAGUACAAGCAGGUGGAGCAGUACAUGUCGUUCCACAAACUGCCAGCCGACGUACGACAGAGGAUCCAUGAUUAUUACGAGCAGAGAUUCCAGGGGAAGAUGUUUGAUGAGGACAGCAUCCUGGGAGAGCUCAGUGAUCCACUCAAAGAGGAGAUAGUCAGUUACAACUGUCGUGGACUUGUGGCCAACAUGCCCCUGUUUGCAAACACUGACCCUCAUUUUGUGACAGUGAUCCUCACCAAGCUGCGUUUUGAGGUUUUCCAGCCUGGAGACUUUAUCAUAAGAGAAGGAACUCUUGGCCGGAAAAUGUACUUCAUCCAACACGGUGCUGUCAGUGUCCUGUCACGGGGAAAUAAACAGACCAAACUCAACGAUGGAGCCUAUUUUGGGGAGAUUUGCCUGCUAACCCAGGGUCGUCGCACAGCCAGCGUGAUGGCGGACACCUACUGUCGCCUCUACUCCCUGAGUGUGGACAGUUUCAACGAGGUCCUGGAAGAGUACCCUCUGAUGAGAAGAGCCUUCGAGAGUGUGGCUGUGGACAGACUGGGCCGGGUUUUGCGCCGACCCAGCGAUCAGCCUCCUACAGAAGACUGAGCUGAAAAUAUUCCUGGACAGCUUUUAUUUAUUCAACCAGCAGUUGCUGCAAAACAUUGUCUUUAUAUUUAUUUAAGUUUUCUUUCUUUACAUUACAAUAAUCCUUAUGAACUUUUUGCAUUGCAAUUGUUUUAUCUCUAUUUUCUAAUAGAUUAUUGACAAUUGGAUGAAAAACCCAUCUCUUUUCUAUUCUAUUUUCUCAACCACACUUUAUUUUCCUAUAAUAAAUACUUAUGUACUUAUAUUAAUAAAUGAUGAAUUUCUUGAUCUAGGGCACUGGUCAUCCAUGAUAUAAGAAGUACACAGGAGCAGCAGCUGGCAGACACAUGAAAGCCAAAGGCAGCUUUACACUACUCUGAUUCCAAUGAUCCGUCAUGUGAGGAUUUAAUCGCAGUGUUUAUUUAGCAUAAGCUGCUGUGAUGUAAUAAUAACAGGGAUGGAUUGUAAACUGUUUUGAAACUCCCAUAUAUCAUUCAUUUUAUUCUAAAGAAGCAGAGAACUGCUUUUUCUUUACCUAUGUCUAUUCAUCCAUUCAUACAUCCAUCAAUCAUCAUCUACAGUAUCUACAGCCUAACUGGAAUUGUCAU